AAUACUCUUGGUGGUGUUAGAGGAGAAGAGAAUAAUACUAAGAUCUGGCAUUUCCUGAGUGCCUGCUGUCUACCAGGCACUUCGAGGGGCCUCAGUGGUCAUCACAAAAACCCUACGAGGUGGGAGAUGUUUACCGAUGAGGACCGUGAGGUUGGUGAUCACAAAACAAAGGCAAAGCAGGGGCGCCUGGCACACGGUGGGCCGAAAGGACUGAGGGCCACGUUCUCCAGUUCUGAAAACCCUGUGGCUCAGGCCUUGCAUUCUUCCCUUUCUACAAGGAUGCAGGGACUUGAGGAACCAUGCCAGGAAGGGGCUGGUUUUCCAGAUGCUCAAAGAGAGGAUAUGACAGGGUCCCUCUGCACAAGGGCAAAUCGCUGAGGAAGGCCUUGAAAGAGCACGGGCUGCUGGAGGACUUUCUGAAGGAACACCCAUAUGGCAUCAGAAAGAAGUACUCCAACUUAGCCAAGGUGCCCAACGAGCCCUUGGCCAACUUCUUGGAUUGUCAGUACUUUGGGAAGAUCUACAUCGGGACCCCGCCCCAGGAAUUCACCGUGGUGUUUGACACCGGCUCCUCGGACCUCUGGGUGCCCUCUGUCGACUGCAAGAGUUAUGCCUGCAAAAGCCAUCAUCGCUUUGACCCAUCCAAGUCCUCCACCUUCCAGAACCUGAACGAGCCCCUGUCCAUCCAGUACGGCACCGGCAGCAUGCAGGGCUUUCUGGGUCUCGAUACCGUCAUUGUCUCCUCCAUCGUGGACCCCCAGCAGACUGUGGGCCUGAGCACCCAGGAACCUGGCAACGUCUUUACCUACUCUGAGUUCGAUGGGAUCCUGGGGCUGGCCUACCCCUCUCUGGCCUCCGAGUACUCAGUGCCCGUGUUUGACAAUAUGAUGCAGAAGCACCUGGUGGCCAAAGACCUGUUCUCUGUUUACUUGGACAGGAAUGGCCCGGGGAGCAUGCUCACGCUGGGAGCCAUUGACCCUUCCUACUACACAGGCUCCCUGCACUGGGUGCCCGUGACCGUGCAGGAGUAUUGGCAGUUCACCGUGGACAGGGUUACGGUCAAUGGCGUGGUGGUGGCCUGCGAUGGUGGCUGCCAGGCCAUCCUGGACACAGGCACCUCCAUGCUGGUUGGGCCUAGCAGCGACAUCCUCAACAUCCAGACGGCCAUUGGAGCCACCCAGGACGAGUUUGGCCAGUUUGACAUCAACUGCGGGCAACUGAACAGCAUGCCUAUGGUGGUCUUUGAGAUCAACGGCAGGAAGUACCCACUGCCCCCCUCUGCCUACACCAGCCAGGAUCUGGGCUUCUGCGCCAGCGGUUUCCAGGGUGAGGGCGACGACCCGCUGUGGAUCCUGGGAGAUGUCUUCAUCCGGGAGUAUUACAGUGUCUUUGACAGGAUCAACAACCGCGUGGGGCUGGCCAAGGCCAUCUGAUUGCACCGCCGACCGUGGAACACGCAUGCACUCCCUAAGCACACAUGCGUGUGCACACACACACAUGCACACAUAUGGACCAGGUUUUCUGGCAGAUGGUUCUCAAUAAACACCAUAUCGCUGCAAA